CCGGCAAACAAAAAACAUCUUGUUACAAUUUUUAAUUAAAUUUUAAAUGAAAUUCAUUCUUUUAUUGCAUGAAAAAAGGAUAAAUUGACGUCGAAAGCUCUCAUGGAUUAUUGAUUUUGUCGAUAAAAAGUCCUGCCAGAGUCCCAAUGGAUACUUUCAACACAAAUCCAUUCAUUUCUAAUGACGACUUUGAUGUAGAUGACUUAUCAGAUUUCGAAAGAAUACGCAACAAAAUCAACCGACGAAAAGGAUUCAAGCCUCUUUUAUCAUUUCCAUCUCCUGCAAGCUCCAUAUCUUCUUCUCUUCCCUUGUCAGAUGAUGAACUUUUCAUGCAAAACAUGAAAUGGCUUCGGAUGUGUGAGCAAAAAGUGCUUCGCGGCGAAAUGCCUCUCACGAAAAAACUCCGAGAAGAGCUCCAUUCGGCAUGUAUUUACAUUUAUUCUGAAUCGAGUGGAUUUGUUUCCGAGCAUGGAAUGUCAGAAGAAUGUCUUUCUCGUCUCUCAUCGAUUCCCGAACCGAUUCAAAAGCCUGAAGAGGGACCAGAUUACAAUUUUAAGCUGUGGGUUGAAAAAAUGAUUCGAUUCAAAGUUUGCGAAGAAAAAAUCUUAAAAGGAGAGAUGAGACUUACAGAACGAUUGAAGAACGAAUUGGCAGCUGCGAGUAUUUACAUUCGAAAAAACAGCUUUGGCGAAUACGAAUCGGAUUAUGGAUCGCAAAUGUCGAAGGAAACGAUGGCGUAUAUCGAUUCACAAUGGAUGAGCGAUUGCAACGAAGACAGCUUUGCGCCGUAAAUCCAUGAAAAACACGUUCAGGUCAAUUAUGAUGGAAAUUUUUAAUGAAGUUGAAUAUUUGCCCCAAAUAAAUUGGAUUUUUUUAAAUGAAAUAUUGUAAAUUUUAUCAAUUUUUUUACUUAGAAUUUCGAAAAAAUGUAAUUUUAAUAAUUUUUUGCAAAAAAAUUACCUCUUUUUACCUUAAAAAAAAUUUUUUAUCGAAAUUUUUGGAAAAAUAAUUAAAAAUAUAAUUUUUAUAUCAAAUAAAUUAAUUUUAAAUGAAUUUUCAUUAAUUUUUCUUUCAAAACUCCGAAAAA